GGUUUUUUGAGAACUUUUCCUACCAGCCGAUAGAUGGCGUUAGUUGAAUAUUACUUCACGCUAAAAUGUAAGGCUAUAGGAGCCAUAUGUUGAGAUAAUCAUAUUUGUGUUUUGAGCAACAAGAGUAGUAAAGUAGCAGCAAUACAAGAGUAGUGAAAUAGUGUAUUAAUUAGCAAUAAAGGUGUAAAUCAAAAGUGCAGUGAUGUUUAAAUUGUGUGCCCUAUAGAAUAACAACAGUGAGUAACAAAUGCAUUAAACAUAUGGUGCCGAAACCCGGGAAUAAACUGUAAGUAAUAGAACUUAAGUUAAUAUCAGUGAAAAAAGACUUAGUGCAAAUCGUGUUGAAAAAAGACUUAGUAAAAAUCGUGUUGAAAAAGACUUAGUAAAAAUCGUGUUGAAAAAGACUUAGAAAAAUAACGCCUGUGAAAUAACUUAGAAAAUUUCGUCUGUGAAAUAACUUAGAAAAAUUACAUCUGUGAAAAAACUUAGAAAAAUUUCGUAUGUGAAAAAACUUAAACUAAAUUUCGCUUCAAAAGGACUUAGAAAAAAACGAACUUUUUAAUCAUUUGUGGACUUAGUCUCUGAACAUAAUAGUGACUUCGUUUUUAGAACUUAAAUGAACUUUGAAGCUACUAACUGGACAAUUUAGUAAUGUUUGCACUAUCAAGUUUUAAGUAUUUUGGACAUUUUUAAAUUAUUUCUGUGAUACAACUGGACUUUAUUUUUGUUGAACUUUAGUAUUGUGUUAACUUAGUGCUUUAAAAAAUUACAAAUAAAAAUGAAUCCGCUAAUACUUGUUCAAGAAGAUCGUUUUGAAAACUUAAUGAAGGCUGAUAAAAAUUACAAAAAGACACCUAAAGAGAGACAAACUAAGGGUUACAGUGAAUCUAGAUUAGAAUCCUUAGAAACAUUGUGGAGCGAAUUUAAGUUGGAUCAUCGACAAAUAGUGGCGCAGGCUACUAAAGACACAAGAAAAGAUUUAGCAUAUUUUACAGAAGAUUUAUAUGAGCAAUUUGAAGAACUUUACACUACCUACAAAUCAUUGUUAAAAAAUAAACUCGAGCAAUUUAAGCCUACAAAACACACUGAAACUGUUUCAAUAUCUAACUCUGGAUCAUGUUCAGCGCGUGAUGAAGUACAUUUACCUUUGAUUAAACUACCCUCAUUUAGUGGAAAAUAUAAUGAAUGGCAAUCUUUUCAUGAUUUAUUUGAUAGUUUAAUUCACAACAACAGCAAGUUAAAGAGUGUUCAAAAACUUCAUUACUUGAAGAGUUGCUUAAGUGGAGAACCUGAAGUUUUAUUGCGCGACUUAACUAUCACUGAUGCAAACUAUGAGGAGGCGUGGUUGCUAUUAAAAAGGCGAUACGACAACAAGAGAUUCAAUUGCAACGCUGUUCUUAAAUCAUUAUUUUCCAUUAAACAAACGAGUCAUGAGUCGGCUAGUGCACUUAAACUUAUUCUUGAUACAACAUUGAGCUGUCUGAAACAAUUGAAGAACUUGGGUAUUAAAGUCACAUCUUGGGAUUCAAUUUUGAUAUACUUAGUGGUUUCUAAAUUAGAUGUUGAAUCUCAUAAGCAGUGGGAAAUCCAAAUGAGCCAUUUAGCACCUGAUGAAAUGCCCACGUGGAGUCAACUUGCUGAGUUUUUAGAAGCUAGAUUCCGAGCGCUAGAAAUGAUUGAUACUAAUAAGGCCAAACAUCCAGUUCAGAGUAACCAAGCAUCAAAACCCAAAUCAUUUCAUACCACACUUGACAAUCAGAAUAAGAAAGAGCCAGUUUGUGCACUAUGCGAAGAAAAUCAUCACCUUUACGCUUGUAAGAAAUUUGGUGUGCAACAACCAAAGGAAAGACAAGACUUCGUACAAGCCAAGGGACUUUGUUUUAACUGCUUGGCUCCAUUUCAUUCAGUGAAAAAUUGUAGGCUGGCAAAAUCUUGUCAAAAAUGCGGGCGAAAACACCACACAUUAUUGCACUUCAACAAAGAGGCCAGAGACCAAGAAGGUUUUCUGAGUACUACUGAGAACUUACACCUUGACACUAACAAUUCUGAGAAACAUGCGCAAUCAUCAACUUCGUUGGGAACUGAGACGAGAAUCAUAUCUAACUUUGCGAAAGAGAAACUACAACCUAACGAAGUCCUACUGGCCACCGCGCUUGUUAAAACUAGAGCAAAGAACGGCUGUGAGCACCACAUUAGAGCUCUUUUAGAUCAGGGCUCACAGGCGUCAUUCAUCACGGAAGCUACAAUUCAACUGCUUGGACUUAAGCGCUCACCGGUCAAUGCGUGGGUGUCAGGUCUAGGGCCUGGUGGAACGAGAGUUAAGUACAUGGUUUCUCUCCAUGUCGAAUCACGCCAGAACCCAGAAAAAUCAAUCCAAGUAGAUGCAUAUGUGCUGAGAUCAUUUUCGUGGGUACUUCCGUCGAGUAAUCUUACAUCACCUGACUGUCUAGAAUUUGGAGAUUUAGUUCUAGCUGAUCCAGGCUACGCAACUUCAAGUAAAAUUGAUCUUUUGCUUGGAGCUGAAGUGUACAGUAAAAUAUUAACUGAGGGCAUGAUCAAACAUCCAAAAGGUAACUUAAUUGCACAAAAUACCAUUUUUGGAUGGACAAUAUCAGGAGAAGUGUCGAAUGAUACAAAUGCACACAGUAAAAGAGUAGUUAACAUGCACCUCAAAAUAAGAGUAGAAAACAAACGUAAACAAUUUCCGAAGAUUGGGACAGAACUUAAUAAUAAUUAUCACAAGAAUCUAAUUAGAGAAGAAAUUAAAUCAGGAAACUUAUCAACGGCUAUGAGUGCUAACGAUGGGCGGUACGUUGUACUGCCGUUAGAGAAAGAAACACCUGAUUAUGAAGAAAAACAGUUCAAGGCUUUAAAGAGAUCUCAUUCUAUAGAAAGAAAACUAAAGAAAAAUUCCAAUUACUAUGAAGAAGAUCAAAAAAUUCAGGAAGAAGAUAUCACUUUAAAUUCAAAUAUAGAACUCAUAGAAAAUAAUAAAGAGACAAAAGAUUCUGCAGCAGAAAUUGUCCAUCAACACGCUGAAAUAAGGGAAGACAAAAUGUACGAUCAAGUGAAAGUACAUGAAAGAGAUACAAAAUAUCAGCGUUUACUCUGGAAACAUAAUUCUUUUCAGCCAGUUCAGCACUACAAAUUACUAACUUCAAAAUUUGCAACAGUUGGUGAACCUUAUCUAGAUAAAAGGUAUUCGGAACAAAUAACUAAAGACGAAGAACAUAAUUUUGCAAUCGCUGUAGAAAAGGGUUUGGAAAUUAAAUUUAACGUUGACAAUCUUAUGGCUACUCAUGGAUCUAGAGAAGAAGUUGUAGAAGGAGUUAUUUACAUAGAAAUGAGUAAGCUAUUAAGAGUAUUAGAAAAUCACUUCCAAAAGUUACAUGCAGUAAAUUUAGAAUGGGAUGAUACAAUAAUAACGAAAGAGCAAGUUAGAAUGAAGAUUUUUAAGAUUCUGAGAAAAAUUCAACUGAUAGAUAGUUUUAGCCGAGAACUGCAUGCUUCAAAUGAUACAUCUAAAUCAGCUCAUGCCACUGGAGACCAAAUUCACAUGAGUUCGAUUACCGCCAACAUAAAGGUCACAUCAAUACAAAAGAAAUUAACUACUGUAAGAUUAAAACUUUGUGAUAGAUUUCUGGUUGCAAAAUUAAUAUACGAGUUGGUCCGAAUUUUAAACGUAUUCAAAUAUUAUGAUCUUCACGUUUGGAGUGACUCGGGUGUGAUAUUAACAUGGCUGAAAGGUUUGCCAAAUUAUUGCACGAAUUUCAUGAACAACCGAGUCUCUGAAAUCAUCAACAUAAUCGAAUACAAACAACGAACGAAAGAUCAUAUAAUUUAUCCUAACAAACCAGACGUCUCCACACACAAAGCAGAGAAAACAUCCAAGAAUUUAGCUGAAGCUGAAACGAGAAAAGAAACAGAGAACGAAUUACUAUCAACUAAAAUCUUAAUACUACCAAGAGAGUUAUUUACACUAACUAAAAAGAAAAAAGAAAAGAGAAAUAAACUAAAAGUUCCUAUAACUAUUGAUGAAAUGAAGAUUUCGCUACCAAAUUACUUGAAAAAGUCGGAAGAAAUAGAAGUUUACGAAGGCUUGAAUAAGAUCCUAAAACGAGGAUAUGUACGAAAGAAAAGUACAAUCUACCCUCUUCACUCUUUCAUAGAUGAAAAAACACUUUUGAGAGCUACUAAAUCAAUAACAUUCCUAAAGGUACGCUACGACAAGAGACAUCUUAUCAAGUUGAUAGUAGAGGAUACUCAUGAAAAAACAUUGCAUAACAAACCUCAAAUGAUACUGGAUCUGUCACAUGAGAAAUAUUGGUUUAUAUAGAACACAAAGAUUCAUCAGAGAAGCUGAAGAAAAGAAUAUUAUCACUAGCAUACAAUGAUUUAAAAUUUAUUUUACAAAAUAAAAUAAAAAAUGUGCAAUUGUUUAAAAAUUCAGAGUUUAAUCAAAUCAGAAUUGUGCCAUCUUAUCUAAAUUACUUCAAAAUGUUAUGUAUCCUUAUAGUUGUCAUGAUGGGCGGCAGCCACCUCAUCAGUAACAUUGUUAGUUGAGUUGUAUUUUAUCAUAACAUUUCGCGAGAUUAAUCUAAAUCUGUGUUCAAUCUCUUUGUUUUUGAUUGUUAGCUUUAAUUAGUUGUAAUUUUCAACACAUUGUUUGUUAACAAGUUAAAUUUUAGUUAGUCAUUUAGUUUGUGCUUUGUUUGCAACGUCACAAUGUACUGAGUUGUCAAAUCAAUUUACUUUAUUUAAUUGUUCAGUUCACUUAUACCUGGUUGUAUUUUGCUUUGCAGACAAUGUUAAACUUAAUUGAUUUUAUGUCGUUUCUCAAUCUAAAUACGUCAUUCAUUGUGUACUUACUAACUAACAAUAUCACUUUGUUUUUAGUAUCAAUUUCAGUGUCAUUAUAGUGCUAAGCGAACUUAGAUAAUGUGAUAGAUUUCACUUGUCUUAAUCGUUAAAUCACCUUAGUUGAGUAAACAACUUAACAUUUGAAUUGUCAAUACAUUUUCUUUGAGUCGUAAAUCACUUAAAUGUUAAUUGAUUAUUUAAAGGACAAGUCCUUGAUGGGCGGUAUGUCUAAAUUAAUUAAAGGUUUUUUGAGAACUUUUCCUACCAGCCGAUAGAUGGCGUUAGUUGAAUAUUACUUCACGCUAAAAUGUAAGGCUAUAGGAGCCAUAUGUUGAGAUAAUCAUAUUUGUGUUUUGAGCAACAAGAGUAGUAAAGUAGCAGCAAUACAAGAGUAGUGAAAUAGUGUAUUAAUUAGCAAUAAAGGUGUAAAUCAAAAGUGCAGUGAUGUUUAAAUUGUGUGCCCUAUAGAAUAACAACAGUGAGUAACAAAUGCAUUA